UUUUCAUUAAGUUUUCUCCCAAACAAGGCCGCAAGAAGGAAAAUAUCAUCCGAACCAGUUUGGCGGCGAGUCCUCCCAAUCGUAGCCGCCAGCGGCGUUUCGCGUCAACGAAAGCAGUCAAUAUUUAACUCGAUUAAGCCUUAGAUGCUAACAUGGAUCUGUGUUGAUCGGACGAGAAACUAUCAUGGCUCGCUUCUUAGAAUUGCAAGAUUUUUUAAUUAGAGCCAAAGUGUUGAAGUUGUAUAGACAAGCAUUGAGGACGACUCGAAGAGCUCCUGUCGAAACUAGAGCUGAGUUGCAACUAAUGAUUAGACAAGAAAUGGAGAUUAACCGGAGCUGUGAUGAUCGACAAAGGAUUCGGUUCUUGGUUGGAGAAGGGGCAGGGAAGCUGAAAAAACUAGAUGAGAUGCUUGAUAUGCAAGGGUAUACUUAAGUGAGUUUUAUUAGAAAGAAAAAUGUUCCAAAAUGCUCUUGUUUCGACUACUCUUUUUUGUCAGGCCUAUAAUCUUUUUACACAAUUACAAGAACAUGUUUCAUAUUUAAUGUUCCUCACUUUGUGUCCUUAGGGGAUUGUCAAUGGAUCCAUUUAAUUCAAAUAUAUUUUCAUUCACAU